AUCAAGCAAUGGGCCAGGCCCCUAAGCGAGACUGGAGGAACCGGGUCCCAACCCGGUAUAAGAGGUUUUAUAAAAUGAUGGACGAAGAAUUCGCUAACGAGAUGCCGCCUCGCCGCCCCUAUGAUCAUAAGAUACCGCUCAAGGAAGGGAAAGAGCCCCCUUUUGGGCCACUUUAUGGUAUGUCCCGCGAGGAACUCAUUGUGCUGAAACAAUACAUACAGGACAAUCUCCAAAAGGGGUUCAUUCAGGCCAGCUCUUCGCCUGCCGGUGCCCCUGUCCUAUUUGUUAAAAAAGCCGAUGGAACACUCCACCUCUGUGUCGAUUAUCGUGGCCUCAACGAACUCACUGUCAAAAACCGCUACCCGCUGCCACUCAUUCGGGAAACUCUCGACCACCUUUCCAAAGCCAAGUGGUACAUCAAACUUGACCUUCGCCAAGGAUACAAUCAGAUCCGAAUGGCUGAGGGUGAAGAAUGGAAAACAGCCUUCCGAACGCGUUAUGGGUAUUUCGAAUAUACGGUGAUGCCCUUCGGCCUUACCAAUGAACCAGCCACCUUUCAACAUUUUCUCAAUGAUUGCGUCCGCGACUACCUCGAUAUGUUCUGUACAGCCUACCUCGACGAUAUUCUUAUUUAUAGCGACACCUUCGAGAAACACCAAAUACACGUCGAAAAGGUCCUGGAAGCCCUACAAAGAAAUGGAGUACUGUUGAAACCGGAGAAAUGCGAAUUUCAUACACAAAGCACCACUUAUCUUGGCCUUAUUAUCGAACCCAACGGUACCAAAAUGGACCCAAGAAAAGUGGAGACAGUGAAGAAUUGGACCGUCCCCAAAACAGUCAAGGAUGUGCAAGCAUUUCUAGGCCCAAACCGCCUUCAACGCCCUGAAAGAAGCCUUCAUCACGGCUCCCAUUCUACUCAUUUUGACCCCGAGAAAGAAAUCACCAUGGAAACUGACGCAUCUGACUAUGUCUCUGCCGGUGUACUCUCCCAAUACGAUGACAAUGGUACCCUUCGACCUGUCGCAUACUUCUCAAAAAAGCACUCCCCCGCCGAAUGUAACUACGAGAUUUACGACAAGGAACUACUGGCAAUUAUUCGGUCUUUUGAGGAAUGGCGACCGGAACUUGAAGGAGCUGCAGACCCAAUCGCCGUCAUAUCCGAUCAUAAGAAUCUUGAAUACUUUAUGAGUACCAAACAACUCAACCGGAGACAAGCAUGGUGGGCAGAAUAUCUGUCACGGUUUAAUUUUGUUAUCAAAUACCGACCAGGGAAACAAGGAGGGAAACCGGACGCGUUGACAAGAAGAUCAGGAGAUCUCCCUGGAGAGGGGGAUGAAAGACAAUCGCAUCAGAGUCAAGUUGUGUUGAAGAAGGAGAAUCUUGAUGCAAAGCUAAGUUUGUUGGCGGCUUCUUUCUCAAACGAGCCCGCUGAAAAGAACGCCUCACUGCAUGUACUAUUCGAUGAAGGAUAUAGCGCUGACCCGUUUCCACAAAAGAUACUGGAUAUGCGGAACAAAGGCAGCAUAUAUGUCCCCGAUUACGACCCUCUUAAGCUCCGGAUCCUCCAACUUUACCAUGACGCUGCCUCUGCUGGACACCCGGGACGCGAAAAAACAUUCGAACUCGUCAGUCGAGACUACUACUGGCCCCUUAUGCGGAAUUACAUUGCCCGCUAUGUUCGGAACUGCCAUACCUGUCAACGAAGCAAGCCCAAUACCGACGGAAAACUCGGCGUACUUCGACCUUUACCGAUUCCCGAACAACCAUGGCAGGAGGUAUCAAUGGACUUCGUUACCGGCCUACCGGAGAGUGAAGGGUACGAUGCAAUUAUGGUAGUUGUUGACCGGUUAACGAAGAUGCGACAUCUCCUGCCCUGUAAUACAACUGUCAACUCCGAAGACGUCACUCAACUAUACCUGCGAAACAUAUGGAAGCUCCACGGCCUACCCACACACGUCACCUCCGGCCGCGGUACGCAAUUUACAGACAAGUUUUGGAAGGCUCUUUGUAAACACCUCGAUAUCGAAGCAAGGAUGUCUACCGCCUUCCACCCGCAGACCGACGGCCAAACCGAAAGGCUGAAUGCUGUGAUGGAGCAAUAUCUACGUGGGUAUGUUUCUUAUCAACAGGACGAUUGGGUAAAAUGGCUUCCUAUGGCAGAAUUCUCCGCCAACAACCAGGUCUCCGCAUCCACUAAAGCUACACCAUUCUUCGCGAACUAUGGAUUCCACCCCCGGUUCACAGUGACGAUUAAAUCGCUAGACAGGACCCCACCGAGUCUUAAUGCUAAAGACUUCGCCUCGAAGAUGAAAGAACUCCAUGAGUACCUACGUUCCAUCAUCCGCACGACGCAAGAUCAACAAGAGCAGGCCGUCAAGACCAAACGAACGCCGACUCCACGGUACGAUAUCGGCGAUGUGGUGUUUGUUUCAGCAAAAAAUAUCCGAACCACGCGUAACUCCCGGAAGCUGGACUGGAAGAAGCUGGGGCUGUUCCCCGUUAAAGAAAUUAUAUCGCCAUAUGCGUAUCGAGUCGACCUGCCUAGGAGUAUGAAGAUGCACCCCGUCUUCCAUGUAUCAUUGCUAGACUCCGCUGCAAACGAUCGUGUACCGGGGCAAAUUCAACCACCACCCCCACCUGUUAUCGUCGAGCAGGAGGAGGAGUAUGCAGUUGAGGAAAUCUUGGACUCGCGAGAAACACGGAAUGGCUAUACCGACCCUACCUGGGAACCCGCCGCAUACCACGACAAUACCGCCGCCGUCAAUAUCUUCCAUACACAUUACCCCGACAAACCUGGACCGUUGGAAGGCAAGAUUAAGGUUAAGGCUCGCAGGAGCUCGCGCUUGAAGGGAGGGGCUACUUUCAUGGAUCGAUUAGUGGAGGAACGGGGUUACGAAGAGUUGCAUUAG